AUGUCUUACGAGAAAGGUAAACCAUACACUUUGGCCGUUUUAGGUGCCGGUACAAUUGGUCAAGCUUUAUUAUCAGCUUAUUUAUCAUCAGAAAAUCCAGAAUUACCACCAACUAAAAUCAUUGCUUGUGUUAGAUCAGAAUCAAGUGCACAGGCAUUAGUAACCCAAUAUAAAGAUAGUCCAAUCCCAUUUGAAACUAGUUAUGGUGAAGAAUCAAAUAAUGAAGCUGUAUUAAAUUCACAAGUUGUUAUUAUUGGUACUAAACCUUAUGUUACAGAAUCUGCAUUAGAACCAAUAAAAGAUCAAUUAAAAGGUAAAUUAUUAAUUUCAAUGGUUGCUGGUUGGACAAUUGAACAAUUUGAAACUUAUUCAUCUAAAAUCAGUAGAGUUAUGACAAAUACUCCAGCAAAAUAUCAAUAUGGUACAGCAGUUAUAUCAAAUUCAUUAGAUGUUAAUGAAGAUGAACGUGAAUUAAUCAAAGCAUUAGUUACACCAAUUGGUAAAGUUGUUGAAUUACCAGAGAAAAACAUGGAUGCAGCAACUGCCCUUGUUGGUAGUGGACCAGCAUUUGUCUUAACAAUGUUGGAAGGUUUAGUUGAAAGUGGAUUAAGUUUAGGUAUUCCUUUCAAAGAAUCACUUGAAUGUUCAAUUAAAGUUAUGGAGGGUACUGCAAAAAUGGCUGAAAUCAGUGGUACUCAUCCAGGUGAAUUAAAACAUAAAGUUUGUACUCCUGGUGGAACUACAAUUGCUGGAUGUGUUGAAAUGGAUAGUCAUGGUGUUAAGAGUGGGAUUAUUAAAGGUGUUCAAGCUGCUGCAAAGAGGGCAAGUGAAUUGGGUAAGAAAUAA